GUAAAACGGAAGCGGCAACAUCACGACGGCAGCUAAACCCCUUUGCGGCCACGGUCCCCUGUCGUCAUGUAACAACCGCGGAGCCGGGCAGCUGUCCUUGUGUGGAUGUCCCUGACGUACGCUUCCCGCUGACGUGUGCAGUGCCUGACUUGCACGGAAUCGCGGACAAAGACGCGACAUCAUGGCGUCUCGCCUCCUCAAGUACUUGGUGCUUCUCCAGAAGUACCGCACUCCGCUGCUCGCCGUGAGCUGUGGCGGGGUGUUUGCAGCCAACAUGUCCUACCACGUUUUCCCCGACGCAUCUUACCGCAAGCUCUAUCAGGCCUGGUUCAAAGGGGAGGCGGUCACACUGUCGGAAAAGCUGGAGGAGGUUUUCCAGCAGGUGUUAAAGGAUUAUGGUAUCAGCUCAACCAAGAAUUUCUCAACAUUCGCCUCCUAUGGGUUCCAUCCUGUCGGCGCUGGUGUUCCCUGGCUCCCUGCCGGGGCCCAAAUUGGCAUCCCGGCAAACUUUAACAGCACGGCCGGAGACUCGAGUGGUAUCACGAACCGCAGCAUUUUCAUCAACGGCAAAACGGUGGACUGGAGCAGCGAUACCGGCUCCGCUCUAAAGGAGGCGCUGAUGCUUUCCCCCGAGGCACAGAAGUUUGCCUUGGCCCGGGAGGUGGCCCGUUUGCAGUCGGGAGGACCUGUUCUGAAUGCUGCCGUGGCCCCGCUCUGCCUGGGGGGGGUUUGGGUGUACAGUGUGACGCUGAAGCAGAUGUUUGGGCUCCACACUGGGCCUUUGCUGUUUCGCGGUGCUGUGAAUGUUUUGGCGCUGGGCCUCGGCGCCGUGUCGUACCUCCUCACCUCGGAUUCUGUCAGCCAGUGGAUUGACUACAGCUCAGACAGACGCGCGGCCGGCGUGUCCCCUGAUUAUGCCAAAGGAGGGGUCGAGUUUUAUGAUAAGAUUCUGUCCAGAAACAGGACUCUGCGCUCUUUGAUGGGCAGGAAGGGGGAGGAUAUGUAUGCUCCCAGUGGGAACUUGUUCCCUGCUAACCUCCUGCAGCUGAAACACACACCGUACACAUCAAGGAGGGAAGGGAUCCUUGCUCUGCUCAAGAAGGAGAAAGUUUGAAGACAAAGUGUGUAUGGGGGUGCUGUUUUUUGGAGAAUUAAAAUCAUUGGGACUGGGCCUCAUAUGAACAGCUGCAAAAACAUACAGUCAAUUGUAAAUGUCUAUAUUGAAUGUAGUGACACAUUAGCAUAGCAGUGGAAAUAAACUCACCAAAAGAAUUCUUAAUCUUAUUUUUUACUGUAAUAUUUUCAGAUCGAUUCAAAUUAAAGGUGCAAGAGAAGGGCCCUCGCACCCUUGUGCAUGUUCAGAUGCGGUGCCGGCCCUAUGAUCUUCUGCAUGCAGAAGCAGAUUGCUGUUCUGUGUGAAUGGAUUAUUCACAUGUAGGUGGGGCGCAUGAAUUCUAAAAUAGUAAUGCUUUGUAGAACAAGAUGCGAUGUAACAUUUUGACUCCAGUGACAACUGAAAGGACAGUAAGAGACAAAGAUACAAUAUCAGAAAUCACACGUGGUGCUGACAUAAUUUGUCACACAUAAAUUUGCGCCAUAUACACAUGGUGACAGAAACUGGAAGAUAACACAUUGUUCUCUGCUGACCCUAUAUUAGAAAUUUUCUUACAAAAUGUUGAAUUGUGGACUUCCUAAACAUAAAGUUUCUGAAACAUGCACAAAGGUGCCUGGGGCCCUUUAAUGCUGCUUGCAGCUCUGAUUACACAAUGUAAAAUGUCUUGUAAACCCCUGGGGUGUAACAUAUUCAGCCCAGUGUGACAGGUGACUUAUUUAUUCACAAAGAAUUCUGGACCCAGUGUACAAAUAAACUCCUUUUAUUUUGAA